CAAGCAGAGAAAAGGAAAAGGAAAAGCAGAUCUCUCUGCAGUUCCCAUAGUGGCAAAGCUGGCAGAAUUGCUGCUAUGAUACCCUUUUGAUUCCCAUGGCUCAUAUCCCACUCCACAGAAAACUAGCCCUACGUUCUGGCAUGAAGGAAGAGACGAGCACAGGAGGGUCUGCAGCUCAAGAGUCUCAGCAGUGAGCUCGAGCAUGGAUUUUGGCAGGUAGAGGAGGAAGAGAAGGAAGAGGGUUCCUGAUGUGCAGCUCCAGCACCUGGAACGAGGUUAACAGCCAGUCCCUGCAAGAGGGGGCUGUAAAGAAUGGAUCCUAUGGGUUUGCUGUUUCUCACUCCCUUUCCCACACCCGUUUUCUUUCUCCGCGGGGCUCUGGAGCCGAGUGGCCAGAGCACGGCUGGCAGUGCUAGGAGCAGGGACACAGGGCGUGUGCCGACGCGGAGGGAAGAGCGGCUGCUAGCUUUGCUGCUCAGGGCUUAAUGCACUAAGAGCCCAGCUGACUCCUGCUCAGACGCAAAGGGAAACCGCAGGCACUCGGGGCGGCCAGGCGCCCAAUGGUGUUGUGUUUCCCCAAACCAUGACGGGACAAAGGUUCGGGAAAUGCAUCAUCCUUUGCCUGCUGCCCUGGAGCUGCCUGAGCUUUGCCUGGAGUGAUGCUGCUGGGCCCGGGACCGCCUCACUCGGUGCAGGACACAUCAGAAAGGGGCUGCCCAGAGACGUUGCCAACGGGACCGAUGUGCACAGCAACAUCUCAGUGCCAUGCACAGCUCUCCCCCCGCCACGCUAUGGAUACUACUACGUGGAAGGAGGCUCAGGCGUCUCCUUGGGCUCGGUGCUCGUGUACUGGUGCCAGGAGGGAUACCAGCUGGUGGGCAGCGAGAGGCUCGCCUGCCUCCGCCAGGAGAGUACUUCGUCCUGGAGCCACCCCCCACCCCAGUGCCAGGCCGCCCCGCAGCCCUCGGACACCGGGUCCCGCGUGGCGGUGGCCGCCUCGCUGCUGAGCGGAGCCGUCAUCCUGGCACUGUCCGUCUCCUUCGCCGUGUGCUGCUGGCGGGACAGGGCGAGGAAGAGCCGCGCGGGGCAGCAGCACCGAAGGAAAGGCAGAGGACGGAAGCGUGACCCCUCCGCCCCCGAGGGGGGCAGGAAUGCUUUCGGGAGACUCAAACACUACCACCGGCGCGAUUACCACCUCUCGGCCCUCUCCAGCUCUGUGUUCCCAGGGGCAUUUGCAGGCUGCAAUAACCUGGCUUUCCAAAGCAGCCCUGACCAGCAGCCGAAGCUGCCCUUGGGAAGAUGGCGCCCCGGGGCUGAGGCUGUGCCCCGGCCGCUGCCGCCCGGCCCGGGCCCCGCCAGCGGCCUGCCCGGCCACCUGCCCGGCCACCUGGCCCGCAGCGCCCUGCUGCCGGCCCGCCCGCACAGGGACCUGCUGCCCCGCUACUGCAGCGGCGUGGAGGAACACAAGGGCUUCAGCGAGUGCGGGAAGCCGCUCUGAGAAUUUAAACUGCCAUUCAGCUUUUCUUCCUUUUUAUUUUUCUUUUAACGCUAUCAACUCCUUGACCUCAGGAAGAAAGGAUUUCAGAAGAGCCAGUUAAUGUACCUGGGUUUUCAAAUGGAGAACAAAUGACAUUUCAUGCUGAAAGACUUUUUUUAUAUAAUCCUUUUAUUUCCCUCCCCUGUCCAGCAGUGCACAUUUCAAACAGGAGUUUCUGAGUUAUAAGCUUCUUAAUUGAUUAUUUUUGCAUAAAGCCAAGUCUGAGUAACCCCAUUUUAACCUAAAGUUUGUUUGCAGACUUUCCAGUUUUGAACAUCAGUCUGAUUUUCUGUUUAGGGCUCUUUUAAAGGCUGAAAGUGAAAACAGUUACCAGGAACAAAGAAUGAGAUUAGAUACCUGGAAGCAUUUACAAUUAAUUGCACUUGAAUAUAGAUGGAGACCUAAAGAUUUUUUUUGUUGGCGUUCAGAACUCACCAUAUCUUCCAACUUCUAUACAGACAAUCUUAGACAUGAAAGAUGUAUUGACAAGAGUGCAAAGCUAGCCAGUCAAGGGGAAAACAUGAAUUUAUCUUUAAUACAAAGAACCUAGCACAUCUGAAAGCAAACAAACAAAACAACAGCCCUCUAAAAAAAAAAAAAAAAAUAAUCAACCAACCAACCAACUCCAA